GAUAACUCAACCUCUUAUAUACUCCCCCGCCCACCUGCACCUCCUACAAUGACAGGCUAAGUGUGGAAUAGCUUCUGCGAUACGGCCAACUACUUCCAACACCAUGGCGCAGGUCAAUGGCACGGCAAACGGCGCGACCAAGCGUGGAGUGAACGGGCACACGGCGCAGGCCACGCUAGGAGCAACGGGCGAGAAGGACUACACGAAGACGGACUAUACACGCUGGAGGCUCAGGAACGAUCGCGGGUGUCACACAUGGCAUUAUCUGGAGACGGAAGAGGAGGAGAAGGCGUGGCCGCAGAGCACGGCGGAUAAAUACUUCCUCGGCCUGGACACGAACCUGCCCGACCUCCCCCCCGCAAAGACACCCCUCCAAUCCGCUACAAAUGGCCUCUCGUUCUUCUCCCACCUCCAGCUGGCCCCUGGGAACUGGGCCUGCGAGUACGGCGGCCCCAUGUUCCUCCUGCCCGGCCUCGUCAUCACCUGGUACGUGACCGAGACGCGCAUCCCCGCCGACCACGCCAUCGAGAUCAGAAACUACCUGUUCGCGCGCGCCCACCCGGAGGAUGGCGGCUGGGGCCUGCACAUCGAGGGCGAGAGCAGCGUCUUCGGCACCGCUAUGAACUACACGGUGCUGCGGCUGCUGGGCGUCGACCCCGAAGACGCUCGCAUGCGCAAGGCUCGCGCUACGCUGUGGAAGCUGGGCGGCGCGCUGAACGGGCCGCAUUGGGCGAAGUUUUGGCUCAGCGUCCUGGGCGUGCUCGAGUGGGACGUUGUCAAUCCCGUGCCGCCUGAGAUGUGGCUGCUGCCGGAUUGGGUCCCUGUUGCGCCCUGGCGCUGGUGGAUUCACAUUCGCCAGGUCAUGCUGCCCAUGUCGUUCAUCUACUCGAAGCGGUGGUCGUACCCCGUCAACGACCUGACGCGGGAAUUGCGCAAGGAGCUACUCACACAGCCUUUUGAGACGAUCAAGUUCAGCGCCCAUCGCAAUACUAUUUCGCCCAUGGACAAUUACCAUCCCAAGACGCUGCUGUUGAGGUGCUUGUUCUGGUUCCUGGCUGUCGUUUGGGGGCCCUUCUUGCGGCCGGACUGGAUGGUCAAGCGUGCGGAGGACCAUGUGUGGUGGCUCAUCGAGGCCGAAGACAAGAACACCGACUACGCGAAUCUCGCCCCUGUCAACGGGCCCUUGAACACGCUCUGCACCUACAUCAAACUCGGUCCCGACUCCCGUCCCUUCCGCGAGCAUAUCAAGACGCUGCCCGAGUUCCUCUGGGUAAAAAACGAGGGCAUGCUAAUGAACGGCACCAACGGCGUACAAACCUGGGACACAGCCUACCUCAUCCAAGCCGUCGAAGCCUGCAACCUCUCGUCGGACCCAAAAUGGAACCCCAUGCUCACAAAAGCCCUCGCCUUCCUCGAAGACCAGCAGAUCCUCGAAGAGUGCGCCGACCAGCACAAAUGCUACCGCCAGCAACGCAAAGGCGCCUGGGCCUUCAGCACCCGCAAGCAAGGCUACACAGUCUCAGACUGCACAUCCGAAGGCCUAAAAGCAACCCUCAUCCUACAAAACACACACGCAUCCACCUUCCCCAAACUCAUCUCAGACACCCGCCUCCAACACGCAAUCGACGUCCUCCUCACCAUGCAAAACCCCUCGGGCGGCUGCGCCUCCUACGAACCAACCCGCGGCUCAAUCCUCCUCGAGCACCUCAACGCCGCAGAAGUCUUCGGAAACAUCAUGAUCGAAUACGACUACCCGGAAUGCACAACCGCCGUCCUCACCGCCCUCACCGCAUUCCAACACCACUACCCUUCCUACCGCGCGGACGAAAUCUCCGCCUUCCGCGACCGCGCUAUAGCGUAUAUCCGCAACGCCCAGCGGCCCGACGGCUCCUGGUUCGGCUCCUGGGGCAUCUGCUUCACCUACGCGGGAAUGUUCGGCCUCGAGUCGCUGCGCUGCGCAGGCGAGUCCCACGCCAACUCGGCUCGGGUGCGGCUGGCAUGCAAAUUCUUCACAGACAGACAGAUGGAGGAUGGCGGCUGGGGCGAAACAUACAAGUCCUGCGAGACGGGCGUGUACACGCAGCACCCGCAGAGCCAGGUCGUGCAGACGGCGUGGGUUGUCAUCGCGCUGCUGACGGCGGAGUUCCCGCAUAAGGAGCCGCUGGAUCGCGCUGUGAGGCUUAUUAUGCGGAGACAGCAGGGGAAUGGCGAGUGGUUGCAGGAAGCUAUCGAGGGCGUGUUUAAUAAGAGUUGGUAAGUUUAAGUGUUUGUCCGCUGUGUGUGUGUGUGUGUGUGUGGGAGGCUUUGCUAAUAAGAUGAUAGUAUGAUUUCUUACCCGAAUUAUAAGUUCAUCUUCCCGGUUAUGGCGCUGGGUAUGUAUGCUAGGCGCUUUGGGGAUGUGC